AUGCCAGCCACUCUAGGACGGCCCCCUAUUACUAGUAUUGUUUUCCCUUGGAAUAUUGUUCAACGUUAUCAUCUCAAUCUCCGGCACCAUAUUUCCGGCGACCGUCCGGCGUUGGAAAUCUACAUGGUCGGAGGAAUGGGUAUCAAACAUGUAAAUCCAUGGUGGUUCCGGUUAUUGAGCAGCCACUUUUCGUGCCUCCACCAACAGAACCACCACCGCCGUGAGCGGCCUCGUCGAACACUCAAGAUCAUCAACUGCGACGGACAAGUCAAGAUAUACGACCGUCCCGUUCAAGUCGCCGAGCUCUUGAACCAGUUCCCCAAGCACAUGAUCUGCCGAUCCGAUUCGUUUUACAUAGGCCAAAAGAUCCCGCCUCUCUCUAAAGACGACAAGCUCCGCCUCGGCCACAACUACUUCCUUCUUCCCCAACAAGUUUUCCAGACGGCUUUAUCGUUCGUCACCAUUGCUUCCUUCGCCAACGCUCGAUACUCGAAGAAGGCCGCCGCUUGUCAACCUUUCCAGGUCGAGAAGAGUGAGUCCGGGUGUUUGAGAAUCCGAGUUUCCGAUGAGUUCAUAAGCGAGUUGAUGGAAGAAAGUAAAAUGAAAGACAGUGGCGAAGAGAGCUGCUCCAGUAGAGUUUGCACGACGCCUCAGUUGCAGAAACAAUACGCGUUGCUUGUCGGCUCGUCGCGCCAUAACUGGAAGCCCAAGCUGGAGACGAUAAAGGAGAAGAAGAAGAAGAGGAGGAAGAAGAUCUGGGCUUUUGGAUUGAAGAGGAAGAAUAAAACGACGUCGAAGAAGAACGUGAAGAGUAACCAUAGAUCAGCUCAACACCACCACCAUGUUGAUGUGAUCGGUACUUGUGAGAAACCUCAAUCGAAACACAAGAUUAAGAUUAAAUCGUCGAGGAAAUCAUGA